AUGGUUGAUAUCGAGAAACUCGAAAAUGAUGCACGUAAACAUGCAUCAAAAGCUGUUGACUUGGAUUCAAAAGGCAAAAGUGAAGAUGCUGUAUUUUUCUAUGUCGAAGCUGCCCAAGCAUUGAUUAGUGUACGUGAACAAUUAAUUUCUGAUCGGCAACAAUCUAGAACAUCAUCGAUUGGUUUAAAUGAAAUCGUUCGUUUAAUACAUGAUUAUAUAAAACGUGCUGAAGGAAUUAAAGAAAAUUUAAAAUCGAAACCAGCAGCGAGUAUUCAUCUAAAGAAUACAUCAGAAAAAGGUGUUGAACGCGCUCGAUAUUUAUUGAGUCAAGCACUUGAUCAAGAUGAACAAAAACACUAUGAAGCUGCGUUUAAACUCUAUCAAGAAGCUAUUACACUGUGUUUAAAUGAGAAAAAAAACAUAAACAAUGCAAAACAAAAGGAACAACUUGACAGAUUUGCUUACCAAGCUUUAGAACGUGCUGAAGAACUUAAGAAAACCGAACUCAAUCCAGCAUCUCAUAUACGUUUACCGUCGCCACCACGUGAUGAAGUCAUUCAACAAGAAGAACAACAACCGCUUGAUAUUGACGAAAAGAGUAUGAAUAUAAGUGAUAAACGAGCGAAAUUAUCUCCACAUGAACUUGAUGUUUUACGACGUGGAUCUAAAAUCAACGGUCGUGAUUAUGUACCAUUUUUCGAUAUUGAUUUACGUGAACGUUUUGCCUUUCAAACACCAUUUGUUGAUCCACAUGGACCAUUAAAAUUAGCUCCUAAGCAACAAUCACAUUUCCAACGAUGGGCACGGCCCGAUGAAAUUAUGUCCGAACCAAAGAUGAUUAUGGCUCUAUCAUAUUUUUCCAUAAAACAAGAUUUAAUUUCUGAUUGUUCGUUCGUUGCUAGUCUAGCUGUUAGUGUACAAUAUGAGAAAAAAUUCAAUAAACGUAUAAUUACAUCGAUUAUUUAUCCGCAAAAUAAACAAGGUGAACCUGUUUAUAAUCCAUGUGGAAAAUAUAUGAUUCGAUUUCAUCUGAAUGGUGUUUGGCGAAAAGUUAUUAUAGAUGAUACCUUACCAAUCGAUCAUUCAAAUCGUCUACUGUGUUCGUCAACAACAAAUAAAAAUGAAAUUUGGGUGAGCUUAUUAGAAAAAGCAUAUAUGAAAGUGAUGGGUGGAUAUGAUUUUCCUGGUUCAAAUUCAACAGUUGAUCUUCAUGCACUAACAGGAUGGAUACCAGAGCUAGUGUCUCUUCAUCAGCCUGAUUCAACAUUUGAUAAAGAUAAAGAAUUCGAUCGUAUGUUCGAACGUUUUCAUGCUGGCCAUGUAUUGAUUACAGUUGCUACACCUAAUCUAUCGAAAGAAGAAGAAGAUCGUAGUGGCCUUGUUUCAAGUCAUGCCUAUGCAUUACUGGAUAUGCGUAAAAUUGGUACUCAUAAAUUAAUAAUGUUAAAAAAUCCUUGGUCACAUUUGGAAUGGAAAGGUAAUUUUAGUGAUUUUGACACUCGAAAUUGGACACCAGAAUUAGUAAAAGCACUGAACUAUGAUCCUAAAUUACAAGUUGAUGUUGACAAUGGGGUUUUUUGGAUUGAUUAUAAUAGUUUAUGUCAUCAUUUUGAAAAUUUUUAUCUUAACUGGUCGCCAUCAUUAUUUUCUCAUACAUCAUGCAUUCAUAAUUCUUGGCCAGCUCGACAAGGACCUGUUAAAGAUCUUUAUAAUCUUGGUGACAAUCCACAAUACGUACUUCGUGCACAGCCUAAAACAAAAUCAACGAUUUGGAUUCUUUUAACACGACAUAUAACUGAACGACAAGACUUUGCUGUAAAUCGUGUGUUUAUAACAUUAUUUGUUUAUAAAAACGGUGGAAAUAAAGUUUAUUAUCCUAACGAAAUAAAACCUUUACAAGAUAGUGUUAAAACAAAUUCAGCACAUUAUCUUGUUAAACUUGUCACUGACGACGAAGAUUCAAAUGGACCAACAUUUUAUACGCUUGUGGUCUCUCAAUAUGAGAAAAAUAUUGAUAUUUACUAUUCCUUGCGUGUCUAUGCAACAUGCCAAUUUAGUUUGACUCCAGUGCCUGAAUAUUAUAAUCCACGAUAUCAACAAGAAAUCACAGGCGAAUGGAAAGGCAAAACGGCUGGCGGUUGUCAAAAUAAUACUGCGACAUACAAAAAUAAUCCAGUCUAUCAACUUGUAUUAAAUAAUCGUGAAGGAAACAAUCAUAUUAAAAUUGAAUUACGUGCACCAAAACAAUUUCAAGUUGGUUUUGAAAUAACAUGUACAGAAACUAAUGUAUCAAAUGCUCCUGGAGAAUUUCAGAAAACAGAAUCAGGUUCAUAUCGAUCGGGAUUUUGUGUAUUAACACUUGAUAAUAUACCGGGCGGAACGUAUACUAUUCGACCAGCAACAUUUGAUCCAAAUCGGGAAUCGCCUUUUUUUCUUAAUGUUGCAUCGUCGCAUCAGUGCGCAUUGACCAAAUUGCAAUAA